AUCUUUGGGGUCCAUUGUAUGAAAUCAAUGGUGAUUGUGUUCUACUCCUUGGGGGCAGGCUGCCACAGCCCCUCCAGGAAACAAAAUAAUGGAUGGUGGUGAAGAUUAUAAUACCCCCCCGAAAGAUACCACCUCCCAGUAAGGCUCACAUAUAUUAGUUCAAACUGGAUUAUUCAGAGACCAAGAGACAAAGGCAAGGUUUUUUGGAUAAAUAGCCUGAGUUUACACUGUCUUGGGGCUCCUCUUCUUGAGCCAACUUUCUGUCCAAGGGAUGUCCCAACCCUGGAGGAAGAGUUGGAAUGACUUUCACCCGCUUGAGCCCCAUAAUCCUGCAUAGUCUCUUGUGAGCUUUUAGCAUGCAUAUAGAAAUGUUUGUUGGGUUUUUAAAUAUAUUUUCUCUGUAAUGCUUUUAUUGGAAGAAUAAAAGUGCUUGCUUAGAAAGAGCCAUGUGGUAACUUGUAACUGCUAGUAACACGCUAGUCAUAGCUCUUGAAGAGACUGCAAAGUACACUUGCUGGCCUUUUAAGCAGACUGGCUUGCUGGAGAUAUCACAGUAGAUGGCAGAGGACUGUGCAGCCUUCACACCUGUCUUCAGAAAGGAGUGGAACAAGGGUCCCUAGCCAAAGACAGGUGAUGGCUGGAAACCUGGAGUAGACCAUGAACGGAGGAAUACAGGAUUCAUUUGUGAUGUUCUGAUGUGCUGUUGAAAGGAAAAGAACAGAGUCUGUUACACACUGACACUUCAAAACGCUCCUGCUAAUGUAUUUUCAAACUCAUUGAAUUAUCAUAGAAAUUCAUCAUGGGAGGAGCUGUGAGUGCUGGGGAAGACAAUGAUGAUUUAAUUGAUAACUUGAAAGAAGCUCAGUAUAUUCGCACUGAGAGAGUGGAGCAAGCCUUCAGAGCAAUUGACCGUGGUGAUUAUUAUCUAGAAGGAUACAGGGACAAUGCUUAUAAAGACUUGGCUUGGAAGCAUGGAAAUAUACACUUAUCAGCACCGUGCAUUUAUUCUGAAGUCAUGGAGGCAUUGAAACUUCAACCAGGAUUAUCUUUUCUGAAUCUGGGUAGCGGAACCGGAUAUUUGAGUACAAUGGUGGGAUUAAUAUUAGGCCCUUUUGGAAUAAAUCAUGGAAUAGAGCUUCAUUCAGAUGUGGUAGAAUAUGCCAAGGAAAAAUUGGAGAGCUUCAUAAAAAAUAGUGAUAGCUUUGAUAAAUUUGAGUUCUGUGAACCUGCCUUUGUGGUUGGUAAUUGUCUGGAGAUUGCAUCGGAUAGUCAUCAGUAUGACCGGAUUUAUUGUGGAGCUGGGGUCCAGAAAGAUCAUGAGAACUACAUGAAAAUUUUAUUGAAAGUUGGAGGUAUUCUGGUUAUGCCAAUAGAAGAUCAGCUAACACAAAUCCUGCGAACUGGACAGAACACUUGGGAAAGUAAAAACAUCCUUGCUGUUUCAUUUGCUCCAUUAGUACAACCCAAUAGGAAUGACAACAGCAAACGUGAUACUGUGGGACUCCCCCCAUGUGCUGUUAGGAAUCUACAGGACUUAUCUCGGAUCUACAUUAGACGCACUCUUCGAAAUUUCAUAAAUGAUGAGAUGCAAGCCAAGGGUAUCCCUCAGAAGCCCCCACCAAAACGAAAACGCAGGAGGUGCCGUAGACGCAGGAUUAACACCUAUGUGUUUGUAGGCAAUCAGCUCAUUCCUCAGCCUCUAGACAGUGAAGAGGAUGAAAGGAUGGAAGAAGACAACAAAGAUGAUGAUGAUAAAGAUCACAAUGAAGCCUUGAAGCCAGAGGAACCUCCUCGAAAUGUAUUGCGAGAAAAAAUUAUGAGUCUACCGCUACCCGAAUCUUUAAAAGCAUACUUGACGUACUACAGAGAAAAGUAACUCAUUUUAAGUAGAAACAAUGCCUACUGAUAGCUCCUUUAUUCUUGAAAAUGUAGCAUUUAUUAAGAAAUAGAUGGACAAAUAUAAUUAGUCUUUCAACAAGACUGAAGUACAGUGAUAAAUUGUAACUUCUCUGUCUUAACUUUGCUACAAAGACUUUAUUCGGUAGUAGAGAAUCCCUUUUUAAAAAUCUAUUUUUCUUUAAAUUUUGAGAAAUACAGUUUUAACUCUGAUAGAAAGAUAUUCCAAAGCAGUAUGCAGCACUAAUCAAGACUUGGCAUGGUAAAUCUUUUUUGAUCUUUAACAGAUUUGUAUUGAUAGAAGGGUAAGUGAAAUUUUAUAUGUGCUAAAUAGCUGUUGAACAAAUGCAUUCUGACUUGAAUAACAGUUGUCUGCAUGAGGUUUUAAACAUGCACACAGGCAUUUCUCAUGUAAUAUUGAAAUUGUACCCUUUAAAAACAUUUAUUUUACCAUGACUUUGUUGCAGUCAUUAUUACCGUGUUGAUAUAAAUGUAUUCCAAGAAAUACAUAAGUGCAAUAACUGUAUACAGACAUUAAAUGAGCUGGCUUUAAUGAAAUACAAAAAUGCAAGUUCUGAAAUGUCAGGUGACCCUGCUACUUUUGCAUUUACAUCUUUUGCCAAAAGAUCUUGAGAAAAGUGACCAUUUCUCUCGGAGCCUUAAGGGAACAUCAUGUUGAAUAUAAAGCAAGAUGCUUACUACAACCCUAUUUGUUUAACUCCAUACUACAUUUUCAGUAUUUAUAAAUAAAGACAUUUUCUCAUUCUCAAGGGUUUUAAGACAACUUAUUUAGUUUCUUUCUAAAAUUCACAGUAUAGACACACAUUUGGUAAUAAAAAAGAUUGUAAUUUAGAAUUAAAUGAUUUAUAUUUACUACUUUAAUAGAAUAGAAUAUGAAUAAAAUUUAGCUUGUAUUGCUUACUUGGAUAGCUGUAAUAGUAGAAUUUGUUCAGCAGAUGCACUUUAGUAAGUGGAUUUUGUAUUUCAUCUAAAUAUUUCUCUGAGAAGGCAGGGUUGUGCUGGCCUUACAUUUGUUUCUGAACACAGCUAUUUUUAGCUCAUAAAUAUUCACAAUCUUUUAUAUCUAUCUGUUGGAAAUUGAGAGUAGCGGCUUAAACUUUGGGACCCACAGAGUGCUCAUUUGAAUAUUUCCCCUCCACCUCUUCCCUCUCAUUUGGUGAAGUUGCUUGCAGUUUUCUUCUUGGCUUGAUGGAGUGCUUUGUGCAUUUUUGCCCAUUUAAUAUUUUGAGUGUAUUGUAGCAUAGCCAUGAGGGAGAAUGCAGUUUAAGAACUAGGAAUGAUAUUCAGUAAAAGCCACUUUUAUUGGAAACAUCUGUCUGUUGGACCUAAUGGAAAACAUUCCUCUUAGAGAAAAUUUCUGUGCAAUAUAUGUACUGUUGUGGUAAUAUUAAUUAUUAAAUCCAUCGACCAUUUAACCAUAAGAUAAAAUCAUCACCAUUGCAGUUAUUAUUUUCAUAGCCAGAUAUUACACACCUAGUGUAAUAACCCCAUUUUCCAGUAGUCACUUAAAAAUUAAACAUUGUUUCAGGCUUUAACGGUGAGAUAAUAGUUAGUCCUGCUACAAAUUGGACAGUGAUUUUUGAUUGUGCAUUUCAUGCUUCAUUUACCAUUUUAAAAAGUAUGUCUUAGUACUAUUGAAAAGGCAACUUGAUGAAAGGCCUAUUGUACCAGCAUGUGGAGUUUUUUCCACAGCAUAUUCACAGCAUGAAUAAAUAAAAUUAAAAAAAACCCUGCCUUUAUUUCCUGACAUUAUUUUCACAGGUAAGAGAUAGUUUAGAUAUUUUCCUAUAAAAUGAUACUAAUGGAGUAAUUGCAGUGGCUUAGCUAUUGGAACCAUUGAAUAUACUCUUUAAUUAAACAUUUUGGUUUUUAGAUGGAAUUAAAAUUUAAAUAAUCUGAAAUUCAAGCUGUUAUACUUUCCAGGUAGCCUGGGAAUUUUGUCUUCUCCCCUUUCCAGAAUCAGCAUCCAUAUGUUCAAGAGGUUGAAGUUACUAAAUAUAAUUUACAUAUUUUCUUUGAGAACUUUAUACAGGAUGCUUUUGAAGAUUGACUUUCUGCAUUGUUUUUCACUCUUGUAUACUUGGUAAAAUAGACAAUGGAUGAUUUUUCAUGAUUAUUCACUAUGUAACUUUUUGAGAGUCACUGAAAGUUUCUUUUGUGUUUAUAUGUGGAUUUAUUUUACACUGUUGAAUUUACAUUUACAUUAAAUAAAAAAGUAGAAAUGCAAAAUGAA